AUGAAUUUCCAAAGCCUUAAAAAGCAGCUGGAUGAACUCCACGCUGAAAAGAAGGAGAUGAGAAGUAUGAUGCAGCAGCUCCUGACACAGACCCAGACCUUCUCAGCAUCAGCUGCUUCCCUCUCCAUCCUCAUCUUCCUGCCCGUGCCCCCACCAGACCGCAACUCCCAUGAUGCCUUGCAGCACACUUGUGCGCCGCAGCAGGCCCUCCUGCAGGCCUUCAGGUUGCUCAGCGAAGAUGACUGGGAGAAGAAGAUCGAGGCCUUGACCUCCAUCAGGUCUCUGUCUCAGCACCAUGCUGAGCUGCUGCUUCCCAGACUGCAUGACCUGUGUCUGGCUGUCACUCAAGAGGUAAAGAACCUGCGCUCCAUGGUGUCCCGCACUGCCAUAGUGACCCUGGCCCACCUGUACGCUCAUCUGGGGCUGGGCAUGGAUGCGGAGGCAGAGGGCACCACCCGGGCACUGCUGCAGAAGGCAGGAGAGGCCAGCGGCUUCAUCAGGGAUGAUGUGGAGCUGGCGCUGGGGUACAUGGUGGUCAAUGUAACGCCCUCACGCAGUAUGAACGCUCUCAUCAACACAGGAGUCAGGCACCGUAAUACAGCCGCGAGGAAGAGCACUGCUCUGCACCUGGGGAGACUGGCAGAGGUCAUGGGGUCGUCCCAUCUCCUGUCUGGCAAAAACAAACUGACUGACCGCUUCAUCCAUUCGAUCAGCUGCCUGGCCGUUGAUUGUGCACUGGAAGUCAGGACCCAUGCCCAUAAUACUCUGGCCUUUCUGGCCUCCCACCCCAACCUCAUCAAGAUGGUGGAGAGGUUUGUCCCACAGAGAGACCACAUCACCAUCAAGAACAUUAUUAACAAAGGCCAGUGCAGUUUCCUCUAUAACACAGUUAAGAGAUGGUACGCAAUCCACACUGCACAUUCUAGACUCAUUGUGUUGGACAUGGAGGAUGACUUUGGCUGGAAAAGGCCUAAUUGGAAACCAAUGGAUGUCCUGGGCCUCCUGGCGAACCUGGACCUCGUGGACUACCUGGUUGUCCUGGACCUCCUGGUGAACCUGGUUGUCCUGGCGAACCUGGACCUCGUGGACUACCUGGUCGUCCUGGACCUCCUGGCAAAACAGGCCCAAAAGGGCUUCCCGGUAAAGAUAGUGGUCUUCCCAGUAAAGAUAGUGGUCUUCCUGGUAAAGAGGGUGGGCUUCCUGGUAAACAGGGUGGGCUUCCUGAAAAUGUAA